AUGAAUCCCACGCCCGUCCCCCGCCGGCCUGAGCUGCGGGCUUCUCCCCUGCCAGACAGCAACAGCAGCCAUCCUCCCAAGUCCCAGGAAGACUCCCAGACCCGUCCUGCUUCCUCCGAUAGCGAUGUCUCCUCCGCAUCGUCGAAUGUGACGACUCUGUCCCGCCCCAAGGGCACCGUAUACAGCAGCCCCAAUCCCAAGCCAACGUCUUCCCCUCAUCCACCAAGAACCUCCUCGAUCACUGCCUCCACCACCACCAACGGCAACGCCUCGCUGCCCACUGUGGCUGCGCGAUCGUCUGCUGCCUCCUCGAGGGCGCCGAACGACCCUCAGGGCAACCGAUCCCCGCGUGCUGCUCCACAGGAGCCGCAGAAGCACCGUCGACAACACUCCCAAGGCUUCUUCGAGCCUACCCUUCCCACCGCAACUCUCUCGGACCACAACUCCAGCAUGUCGAACCUUACAGCGUCGCAGAUCGCUGCCCAGGCUGCCAUGCAGCAGACGGCCCAGCACCUGCGACAUCGGUCUCAGACCAUCCCUAACUUCAACAACGACGAGGGGUCCAAGAACCGGAAAGGAAGCCAACAAGAUUCUCCGCCUCCGGCACAAUCGACAGCGGGUCCAGCAGGAGGAGGAGGAGGAGGAGGAUUCUCAGAAAAGUCGUAUCAGAACGGUUUGGUGGGAGGCCAUGUGCAGGCCGCGACAACCGCGGCCAACGUGGCUUUUCCUCGAAGCCCCGGCCCCUCUGCUGCGGCGCAGCCCGAACAACAGCAGAGCACCGAACGCGACCACAAGCACAAGGGCGAGAAGUCCAAGAAGAAACUGUUUUCGAAACCCAAGCACAUCGGCAUUUCGCGAGACAAGGACGGCGCAGGCAAGGAGAAGGGGCAGCCGUCCCCCAGUAAGCUGGGCUUUGGGGGAUCCGGCGGGUUGUCCCGCAUUGUCAGUGCAUCUUCGACGAGUUUGGUGGACACGACGUCCUCGAAUAAUUCGAUGUAUAAUCUGUCCAACGCUUCGGCAACCACGGUGGUUCCGGCGGACAAGCACGGUGGUGAGAAGGAGAAAGAGAAGGAGAAGGAGAAGGAGAAGGAGAAGGACAAGGAGAAGGUCCACAAACACCAUUUCUUAUCUCGACAGAAGCUCAAGCUCAAGGAUGACCACUACAAUCUCCCCCUGUCCUCGGCGUCCAGUAACUCCAAGCCAUUGGAUCCCAACGCACCGCAGUCUCUCUACAAUUUCACGCCGUCCUCACCCGGCCCGUCAGCUACCGCAUUCGGGAAGUCAGUGGGUGGGCUGGAUCUGCUGCACGGUGGACGGCGGGAGAAGAAGCGGGAAGAGAGAGCGCUUGCGUCGGGGCUGGAUUCGAAUAAAGAGGCCGAUCAGGCUGAGUUGUCCAACAACGCCGGUGGCGGUGGUGGACAGAAUGCAUUCCAUGGACCGUCUUCUCUGGGAAGCUCAGCUAGCAUCUUAGGUGAUGCCGCCGUGCGGGAGACUCUCCAAGGGUUUGGGCUCCAGAAUAUGACGACGGAAGACGUCUGGGACUUCCUCAAGGCGAAGCUGCUGGUCAUAUUCGACGGGGAGGACGUGCGCAUUGCGAUAGAGGACCUGAAUAAGCUCGUGUUGAUUCACCUCCAGCGCUGCAUUCAGCAACGCAUGCCGUCAGUCAUCGUGGAGGAUCUGCGGGACCUUCUCCACACCGGUUUCUCGUCGUUGAAUCACUCCAUCAGCAACGUGCCUGACGAGAAGUUGGUUCCGCACCUCGUGCAGAUAUGGAUUCUCGUCUUCGGCACGAUUUUACCGUUCAUCCAGGCGGUCUUUCUGCCUCUGGACCUGGAGUUCAAGGGCCGCGGUUCCUUGAUGAGUGUCCGCGAAGCUAAGGAGUUCUGGGGCGCAUUGCCCAAUGGAGACUCGUCCGAAGCCUCGAUCGGUGAUGAACUUGAUGUACGGACCAUCGUGCUGGUGGCCUUCCGGGAUACGGUGAUUCUACAGCGCUACGAAGGCCUCAAGGCGACGUUCUCUCGCCUAAGUCUGGACAAUAUCAACGCGGAUGUUAGAGCGCUAGGUGCCGGGUCUAACAGCAGCAAUAGUGGCGGCCGUCCGGGGACCGCGACGUCCCUGGAUCCCGGUCUGAGCAGUUUCAAUUCCCAGUCGUCUACUCUUUUGAACGCCGCGGGCAGCUACUCGUCCGACUCGGCGAGCGCGACGCGCAGUCGGGCGACCUCGAACACAUCGUCGAAUCCGGAUCAACUGAUCUUCCAAUCCUUGGCCUCGCCGUCGCAGCAUUCCCUGUACGCCGCUCGCUCCGCUCAGGCGGCGGAUUCGUCCCACGUCAUUACGGAAACGGUGGGACGCAUGCUGCAAUGCCUCAGCGUGCUAGCCAGCAUCCAAAGCGGGGACGAAGCGCAGGAACGCAUUGAAACGCUGAACAAGGCGCUGAAACACAACUGGCUUGGUCGCGGCCGGACAGGACGAGACCGAAGAGGGUUUGUCGGGACGAAAAUCCGGCCGAGCACGAGCCUUCGCCGGCAGAGCACCGACGACGACGAGUCUGCGAGCGUGAAAACGAACGGCAGCAGUGUGGUGCCAGUGAACAAUUCCCAUUCGAGGAAUUCGAGCACGAGUAGUAUGCUGUGA